AUGCUAGACUUUCUGAGUCUUAGGACUGUGUCAGCAGCCAUGCUAGACUUUCUGAGUCUUUGGACUGUGUCAGCAGCCAUGCUAGACUUUCUGAGCCUUAGGACUAUGUCAGCAGUCAUGCUAGACUUUCUGAGUCUUUGGACUGGUUCAGCAGCGAUACUAGACUUUCCGAGUCUAAGGACUGUGUCAACAGUCAUUCCAGAUUCCUUCCCACCACAAACCAGUCCAGAUUUCUUCCCACCACAGACCAGUCCAAAUUCCUUUCUGAUUUCUUCUCACACAGACCAGUCCAGAUUCCGUCCUAAUUCCUGCCCAUCACAGACCAGCCCAGAUAUCUACCUACCACAGAUCAGUCCAGAUAUCUACCUACCACAGAUCAGUCCAGAUAUCUACCCACCACAGAUCAGUCCAGAUACCUACCUACCACAGAUCAGUCCAGAUACCUACCCACCACAGACCAGCCCAGAUAUCUACCUACCACAGAUCAGUCCAGAUACCUACCCACCACAGACCAGCCCAGAUAUCUACCCACAACAGAUCAGCCCAGAUAUCUACCUACCACAGAUCAGUCCAGAUACCUACCCACCACAGACCAGCCCAGAUAUCUACCCACAACAGAUCAGCCCAGAUAUCUACCUACCACAGAUCAGUCCAGAUACCUACCCACCACAGACCAGCCCAGAUAUCUACCCACAACAGAUCAGCCCUGAUAUCUACCCACCACAGACCAGCCUAGAUAUCUACCCACCACAGAUCAGCCCAGAUAUCUACCCACCACAGAUCAGCCCAGAUAUCUACCCACCACAGAUCAGUCCAGAUAUCUACCCACCACAGAUCAUCCUAGAUAUAUACCCACCACAGAUCAGCCCCGAUAUCUACCCACCACAGACCAGCCCCAAUAUCUACCCACCACAGACCAGCCCCAAUAUCUACCCACCACAGACCAGCCCCAAUAUCUACCCACACAGAUCAGCCUAG